AUGGCUGUCAGCUCUUCUUUCAGAUGCAGAGCUACGCCGCACUUUCGCCGUCUUCGCCGCCAUCUUGUCGUGCGUCUCCGCUGCCAGCACUUGUGGCUCGCACGCGGAUUGCUUUGCGUCGGUCUUGUCAGCGCUGCUGAGUACAUUGACCAGUGCGCGACGGACUCGGGCUACGUCUUCACGGCCGCCAGCAUCCCAGACCAAGACACGGUCGAAAAGAUGUGCGCUUCAUCGGCCUGCCAGAACCUGCUCGCCGACGUGCAGGCCAUGGGUCGGUCUGAGUGCGUCAUCCCGGUGGGUGACAACAUUUUGCUGCUCGCUGAUCUGGUGGACUACGUACUGCCCGGCGUCGUCCACGGGCUCGACCACGAGCAGCAUGUCGACCUCCACGACUGCUGCGAGCACUACCACUUCGUCCGCGAGCUCGGCUUUGACACCAACGGUCACCUCGGCUGCUACUGUGUCGUCUAUAAGCUCCACGAGUAA